CGACUUCAAGGGAACUGGGGAAGCCCCGGGAACUAGUCUAGCUCAAGAUGAACAAAGAUGGCGGCCUACAAAGAGGAUUUGGUCAGCACUCUCGAGUCUUCGCUACAGGUAAACGUUUUGUGUCGUCUUGCUAAAUCUAUUUUCCUUUAAAGGAUUACAUUUUGAGAAUUCUCAUUUCAUUUCAACAGUCCUGCGUAUCGCUUUUUCUUGUCACUGACAACGUUGAGAAAGAUGGCAAGAUGGUGGAUGUCAACCAAAGUGGUGAGCUUCGCCUAGUUUUAAGCUUUUUGUAGUUUUACUGUUACUAAUGGUUAAAAUAUUGAUGUUAUGAAACUAUCACAUCAUAAAGUUGACUUAAAUUGCCCAUGGGAAAUAACCAAACAUUAAUAAAAUGUUUUAACGUGUUUUUAGGGGUAGAAGCCUGCAUCAAGAGAUUUCUUGAUUCUGCAAAGUCCUUAGAGGCCGAUUUUCUACGAAAACAAAUGUACAGCCGGGUGAAUCAUCCCCAAGAAGUCACAAAGGAGGUAAUCAUAGACUAUUUACAGUUAUAGUACUGUUUUGAGCUUGAUACCCUAGCCCAAUGCAUCAGUCAAUUCCAGCUGCGCCCAUUCCCCGUUCCCCCGGGGCCACUGUGGGGCAUUUGCCUGCCUUGGCAGUCCUGGGGUUGUGGCAUUAGCAAAUUUUGCAUGGCCCAGGGGUCGGGCAUUCGCCUAUUCCGGGGCCAACCCCGAGCUUUUGACAUGCACAUGGUUUCCCAUCCUAAUAUAACAAAAAUGGAGGAUUUUAUUGGAAACACAAGCAGAUUGGCAGAUUGGCUCAUGUAUCAAGGGCACAAAAAACUUGUAGAGGUUUUUAAAAGCACGUUCCUCGAUUUUGUGCAUGCCUUUCUUUAUUGCUUAUCAAGACAGAACUUGAAAUCGGGAGCUAUCAACGUACGUGAAUCAACUUUUUCUUUUUAUUAAUUUAGGAUUUGAAUAAAAUUUAGGGGUAAUGAUUUUAAUUCCUUCUAUGAUCAUGCAUGAUCAAUCUAUUAUUUUAAGAAAUUCCUUUCAUAUUAUUCAACUUUUCAGAACAGAUCGCUUUAUACACCAUAAUUGAUUUUCAUUUUAUGGCGCUUUGUACCCAAAUAACAGAGCUGUUUAAUAGAGUAGAAGCCAUUUAGCUUUUAUUUUCUUUUUUUCUCUCCAUUUAUUAGGAAGUUGAAAGAAUGAGAGCUGAGCUAGCACAGAAAGAAGAGCUGCUGAAAAGAACACGAGAGAGAGUAGCUGUUUGGGCUCAUGCCUUUCAAGAUCUUGAAACAAGACAAACGAGACUUCACUUAGCUGAUAUUGUAUCAUGAAGAACUAUGUCAUUAUCUAGAUGCUUAUGUCAUGGACACUUUUAACACAGACAGUUCAAACUACAGAAUUCAUAGCCUGUGAGAUCAGGCCAAAUUAUAGCUGCUCAUCUACCUUCUCUUAUAUGGCAGUGGUUUUGGAUUUGCAUUUUCCACUGAAAUGUUAUUUUUAUCAAGCAAUUGAAAAUGGAAUCUAAGACCCUCUUUACUUAAAGUACAUUGUGUACAUUAGCAGAGUACAAAGUAGCUGCCGGGUGGCCAGCACUUUGACUACACUUGCAGCGAAGUGUCACCAAAGAAAUAAGAAAUGUCAUGCUUUGAUUGGCCAACUGAAAUUGAAGUACUGUAAUGUUGUAGUAAACAUUUCAUAUCAGACCAUAAAGCAGCCAAGAAACGUUUUAAAAGCUUUUUGGAAACGUUUUAAAAUAAGGAGAAAGAGUAGAAGAAGGUUUGGAAAUUUAAAGUGUGCUGCAGAAGUUGUAAAGGAGAAUUCUUGUUCUCUGUAAAUGAUUAAUUCUUUUAUGCAUUUGUUCAAGCGUGAAACAUGCAAGCUUGUCUAGACAAACCAUUGCGUUAUUGCCUUUAUGUUUCUGCACGGUCAUGUAAAAGUGAUAUUUCAAUUCAUCAAGAUUUUGGUCAUGUGCUAGGCAUCGGGUUCUUGACAGAUUCCGUUCAUUAGUACACUCUCCACAAAUCCUGUGCAUUGAAUGUUUAAUUCCUUUGACUACUGUAUUAAAUCACGUUGUUGACUAUUGACAAAAAAACCCUACAGAUUCAGGCUAAAAGCCGUGAUUUUAUUUUGAACCCUGCAUUAGCAUUGUAAAUAAAACAGGAAAAUGUAUAUGACACACUGUGCACAUAAGUAUUCUAUGGACAUUUUUUAUACGUGCUGUAUAAUGAAUAAUCAUGCAGGGCUAUCAUUAAGGGUGAGGGGCUUUGAAUUUCCCCUGAAUUACAUAGCAAACUAGAAAGAAUUAAAAAAGCUAGGAGGAAGGAAACUAGAAGAAAAAAUAAUAGUACCAAAAGAAAUUCCUAGCUGUUUGGUCCCCAGCCUACUUACUGUAUUUACCCAGCAAUGUGAAAUUUUAGUGGUGCAUAGCCCUGUCAUGGAACUAUAUGUUAAAACUAUUGUUUUCCUUUUCUGUGUUUGUGUGGUUUCCAGUAGUUAUGUUUUGUUUGGUCCUUAGGUUGUGUGUUUGAUUUGUGUGUGUACUAGGUAUUUAUCACUGAAUGUCAGAGUGUAAUUAAAUUAGUCUAAACCGUUGGUGUGGUUUAACACUCACUCACCAAAAAAUAACAGGUGGCAUCAAC